UACUACAAAGGAGGCUUUGAGGAGACGAUGUCGCGUCGCGAGGCUGGCCUCAUUCUUGGUUGCAGCCCCUCGGCUCCUUACAAGAAGAUUCAAGAGGCGCAUAAGCGCAUCAUGAUUGCCAAUCAUCCGGAUCGUGGAGGCUCUCCUUUCUUGGCUGCCAAAAUCAACGAGGCCAAAACCCUCCUGGAUAAGAUUCACCAGAACCAGGCUUCAGUUUGA